GUACCGAUCAUAUGGGCUUCAAAUAUUGACCCAAACUACUAUCUAAGCCCAUCGGAGACUGAGAAAAUGCGACUUUUGGAGAGAAUAAAAUAAACGGCCAGAAAAUCGGACCGUUUGGAGAAAAAGUAACCGUUGCCGGCAAACCCUCAUCACUCUCAGGCUCUUCCCAACAAAUUUAAAUACCUCGGAAUCCUUCAUCUUCCUCCACGCAAAAGCAAUCGAUACUAAUCAUAUCUCUCGCUUGCUCUCUCUCUCACUGCAAAUUCUCAAGCUUUCUCUCUCUAAAUUUCAAUUACUUUGUUGAACUCUCACUUUCUGCACAUUUUGUUCAUAUACAAUUCCAUUUGUUUAUCUUUCAAGCUUUGAUUUAUUCAAGCAUUUCUUUGCCAAUGGCAGAAAUGAAAGAUGCCCACAUUGUUGAAAUCCCGGUAGACGAAGAGCACCAGCAGAAGCUCUCGUCCGCCAUGACCAUCAUUUCCGCAAUCCAACACCACCCACUGAUGGAAAUCUCCGAAUCCCCCGGCCAUCUCUUGCUUCUCAAGCUCUGGCGAAGGGAAGAAGACAUUUUCGCCAGGCGCUUUGCGAGAAAGGAGUGCAGAAUGGAUUCCAUCCGCCGAGAAAUCUUUCAGCUCUGCUGCUUUUUAUUGAUCUUUCAUGGGUUCUUCACCACCAUCCUGUUCACGUCUUCGUUUUACAAAUCGGAAGACCACCAAGUCUGUAAAAAAUGGUGGAUACCGAGCGUUUUGUCGCUCUCGACCUCUUUUGUGUUUGUGUUUUUGGUGCAGGUGAAUCUUUGGAGGUACUGGAAGGUGUGGAACCAGUUGCAGAGGGACAAGAGCGUGAACCGAGCACUCACUAGGUGUAUUCAAGAGCUGAGGAUGAAGGGGGCGAGCUUCGAUUUGUCUAAGGAGCCGCAAAGCGGGAAGAGGAUGAAGAGCUCGAGCGUCGAGAACAAAUGGAAGCCAUUGACUUGGUGCUCUCAGUAUCUGAUUACCAUCUGCCUUGUUUGCUUUGCAGGUUUGGUGUUUCCGGUUUCGAAAUUCAUGCUCUGCGGAUUAUGAAGAUGCUUGGAAAAGUAAGCUGAAGCUGAGAAUGGUAGCAUUCAAGAUAUAGCAGAAGCUGGAAGGGAAAGACAGGCGGCAGAAAGCGAUCCUUCAAACCAGCCAACCAGCAGAGCUGAACACAGCUGACUUCAGCCGGGUUCUCCAUCAAUCUCCGGGCCAAAGAUUGCUCAACUCUUUCCGUCAAGCAGUCACCGGUGAUCUAAUCAGAGUCUUCAUUCAAUGCCAGUCACGGUGAUCUGAUCGAAGUCUACAUCCAAUGCUUGGGAAGCCUGCAGAAAACGAUCCUUCAAACCAGCCCACCAGCGGAGCCGAACACAAUUGACUUCAGCCAGGUUCUUCCAUCAAUCUCCUGGCCAUUGCUCAACUAUUUCCGUCAACCAGUCACCGGUGAUCUGAUCGGAGUCUUCAUUCAACGAAUCAUCCUUUUCUUCGAUGUCCAAAAGGUGAAGUGGGGGAUGAAGCCUCUUUGGUCCGCUUCCUUGCCAGACACAUUCGAACAACCAAAUUAUACUCUCUUUUCAGGGUUCUGAUCAUUCAAGAUGAAGAGCGGAAACAGACAUUUUAUCUGGGCACACUACCUUUGAAGCCUGCAUUCACUCAAACAACGAAAUUACAUCAGUAGGUUUUGCAAAAUCUAAUACUUCCAGCCAGAUCAAGGGCACACUGCUAAAGCUCUCCUCUCUUUGUACAUGUGAUUAUAUAUCAUAAUUCAUCCAAUGAAAUUGUUCUUGUUUA